AAAACUUCGCUCGGCCGUCCUCCGUUGUGCGACCUGAAGCGUCGUCCCUCCCUUCUUUAUUCUUUCAUCCUGCUUCACCUAAUGGAUUUGCCACUCCUUCACACCUUUUCACUGUCUUCCAUGUAUUCCAUCUUUAUUGUAACGUCUUCCUGUAUAACGGACCGUAAUUCAAGCCCCAGUACUCUUUCUUCAAUUGGCGAUUGUAGGGAUGGCAAAGCGUCGGGAAUUGCUCACAUAUGGAGAAGGCGUCCUUGUCCAAAAUCUCUUUUGAUGAUACCUCUGGUACUGUGAAAAAAGCUGGAGGAAUGUUCAAGGAGAAACUGCGAAAACUUGGAGGGCUUGAUGCAGUCUUUGACGUUGUAAUGGAUUGUCAUGCUGUAAUGGAGGAUCUUUUGUGCAAUGGGAAGCAAGUUCAUGACCGCAGAACAAUCUAUAUACAAUUUGUAUACAACCUAGGAUUCAUACAACACCUGACCAUGCUAAGGAAAACAUACUUAUCCACUACUAUACAGGAUUCAUUCUAUACAUCCCCAAACGACCAACUAUCCAGUUCAGAUAUCUAUAUCAAAAACAUUUUAGCUGCAUAUGGGUCAAUCAUUUCAAUAACAGGAUCAGGACAGAAUUUCAACAACCGCUGCCCAUCCGAAGAGUCUCCUGAAUGUUUUUAUAUUUGCCACAACUUCUGAGUUCAUUUGA